AUGAUCAUCAAACACCGUUCUCCUUCCACUCCUCGACCCCUUGACACACACCCCCCCGUACAAAAUAUCAUGUGGAGGCACCACCCCAUCCCGGAACGGAAUCUACAGCGCCAACAUCCACUCUCUGCUCGUACACACCGUCCUAUGCCGGCCCGCAACCAUAUCUGGCGUAUCAACAGCGAUGAGGAAUCCGUUCGUCCCGCCUUCCACCAAAAGCCUGUCGAAGCGGGUUGGGGGGUGAUGAUGCGUGCUUGGCCCGUGAAGAAGAGCACCCAUCCGUCCUGCGCAAGCACAGUAUAUGUGCCGUUCCCCAUCAACACUAGGGCAAGGUUUGACACGCCCGACGUGCCGGGUUCGUGGGAGAUAACGAAGCCUGGCGUUACGGACCAGCAUUUGAGGGCGGAAAGGCCAUCCUUGCCGAUUAUCGCGGUUACGUUGAGAGUUGAAGGGAUGGAGGGUGAUAUGCGUAAUGUUCGGUGGGAAGUGGUGAGGGUUCUAUACAAAGAAGUUCCUCAAAUCGAGUUCUGGCGAGAGUGGAGCGGAGAAGAUGAGCUGUGCAAGAACCAGCCAGCUCUAUCCUGGCCACUUACUGGACUCGGCAAUACCUCGAAGGGUCUGAGCGGAGAAAGGCGAUCGGCUAGAUACACAGACGCAGUAAUGCCCCAUGGAAUAACCUAA